AGGAAUGAUGCAUACACGAGUGCGUAUGAUUAUCUCAAAUUUUUUAAUUUUAAUUCAUUACAAUAUCAUGCCUCCAAAAGCAGAAGAAGAGAUGUUGAUAAAUGAGAAUUUUAAAAUGAAGGAACAAUAUCUGACUUUUAAGCUGGUAGAAGUUCCUCUACCUUACUGUGUUGAUCAUGAAAAGAUGAUUCUCAAACCAGCAACAAAUCCAUUAUAG